CCAACUCAUCUCUGUGAUUACUUUAAAUUACAGAUACAAGACUGUAAAUAGAACGAUAUAUUUGUCAAAUGGAGCUGCUAGAACUAAAAGACGUCAGAGCUGUUCCUGAUAUAGUACACACUUACUCAGAAAAACUUAGAAAUGAAUAUACUCCAUUAGUUAUAGAUAACGGUUCAUAUAAUUGUCGAGUUGGCUGGGCUACAGAAAAGGAGCCACAAUUAAUAUUUAAGAAUCUCAUUGCAAAGCCUCGAAAGGAGCGUGGAAAAAAAGAUGGAGAAUUGCAAGUAGGAAAUGAUAUAGCGAAUAUAGAAGCUGUACGAUUCCAACUGAAAACGCAAUUUGAUCGAAAUGUAGUGACACAUUUUGAAGCACAGGAACAAAUAUUUGAUUAUACCUUUACACACAUGGGUAUAAACACCGAACUUUCAGUAAAUCAUCCAAUCAUCCUGACAGAAGCGUUUUUAAACCCUAAUUAUUCUAGGAAUUUAAUGGCAGAACUUUUGUUCGAGUGCUAUGAAAUACCGUCAAUUGCAUAUGGUGUUGAUUGUCUUUUCUCUUACCACCAUAAUAAUUGUCCUUCUGAUGGUCUGAUUAUUGGCUUUGGGUAUCAUACUACGCACAUAAUUCCUAUACUUGAUGGUAAACCGGAUCCUGCUAAUUCGAGAAGAAUUAACAUUGGCGGUUACCAUAUUAUAUCGUACAUGCAUCGUUUACUUCAAUUAAAAUAUCCUGUGCAUGUAAAUGCUAUAACGCCUAGUCGUGCAGAAGAAUUGAUCCAUGAACAUUCAUCGAUAGCAUACGAUUAUCAAGAGGAAGUUUCAAAAUGGGCUGAUCCAGAUCAUUAUGAUGCUAAUGUGUUAAGAGUACAGUUGCCGUAUGUAGCUCCUGCAAGUACAUCUGGCUUAACUGUGGAACAGCAAAAGGAAAGAAAACGAGAGCUUGCUCGGCGUUUGAUGGAAAUCAAUGCCAGAAAACGGGAAGAACGAUUAGCAGAAGAUGAGGAACAAUUGAAUCAACUACUGGCUGUACAAGAUUUAUUAGAAGAAGGUGAAACCGACGAGUUUGACCAGGCAUUAAAGUCUUACUCCUUAUCGAAUGAAGCUGACUUAAUCAAAAUGAUAAACAACCUGCAAGCUAAAGUUGAACGAACUAGACAAAAAAUAGUAGCUGCCAAUUCUCAGGAAGAAAAUAUAUCCAUUGAGGAGCAAAAGCCUAAAAUAAAGUCGAAUCUUCAACCAAAAGACCAACAAGACUUCGAUGAAUGGAUCGCUGGUGUUAGAAAGAAGAGACAAGAGAUAUUGGAUAAACGCUUAGCGAAACGACAGCGCCGACAAGACAUGGCAAAGCGAAGGACAGCAGCAGCCCAGGAAAGAAUGAGAAUUAUAAGUCAAUUGGCAAAGAAGGAAAAGAGAGACGAUGACUUCGGAAUGAGAGACGAAGACUGGGAUGUCUACAAAGUUAUUAAUCGAGAGGGUGGAGAUUCCGAUUCGGAAUUAGAACAAGAGAGACUGAUGGAAUUGGAGGAUGUGCUGCGUCACCAUGAUCCAGAAUUUGAUGGUGCAGGGGUCAAUAUACCGGUAGUUCCUGGUGAAACACAUCAGUUGCAUGUUGGAGUAGAACGUCUGAGAGCAGCAGAAUUAUUAUUUCAACCUUCCAUGAUCGGGUCGAUGGAAGCUGGUAUUGCCGAAACCAUAGAGUUCGUUUUAAAACUGUAUUCCGAAGAACAACAAACUCGUUUGACGGGAAACAUAUUUUUAACUGGAGGAUCGGCAGCAUUUCCAGGCCUACUGGAAAGGUUGAAGAGGGAAUUGAGAGAAAUUCGACCAUUUGGAUCCACCUUCCAGAUAAAUAUUGCGAAGAACACAAGCUUAGAUAGUUGGUACGGGGCUAGAGAUUUUGGCCUGAGUGGAAACUUACCGGAAUAUCUGGUAAGCCGUAAAGAAUAUGAAGAGAAUGGAGGUGAAUACCUGAAGGACCAUUCCGCAAGCAAUACAUACUCGAGGUCACCCGAUCCUCUGCCGAUGAUUCAAGUACCUACCAUUUCGGAGCAAGUCAUCGUAGAAGAUGCUGUAGUCGAUGUCGAGAUAGAAUAGAAAACCCCCAACGAAAACGUUUUAUACGUAUUCCGAUAAUAAACGAGUACUUGUUUGUCUA